GCAUGUGUGGCAAAGAGCAAGAGAGCUUUGCCAGAGGAGAUAAGAUUAUAUUAAACUUUGCUCUCUCACUAGGCUGCCACUCUUUGUAGCUAACAAUGGCUUCUGCAUCUCUCCUCAAGUCUUCUCCGGUUCUCGACAAAUCUGAGUGGGUGAAGGGUCAGACCCUCCGCCAGCCUUCCGCCUCUUCGGUCGUCAGAUGCCUCCCCACUGCCCCGUCUGGUCUAACCAUUCGUGCCGGUUCCUAUGCUGAUGAGCUUGUUAAGACUGCUAAAACUGUUGCAUCCCCAGGCCGUGGAAUCUUGGCCAUGGACGAGUCCAAUGCAACUUGUGGCAAGCGUCUUGCCUCAAUCGGGUUAGAGAACACUGAGGCCAACCGCCAAGCCUACCGUACCCUCCUUGUGACUGCCCCUGGCCUUGGCCAGUACGUCUCAGGUGCCAUUCUCUUCGAGGAGACUCUCUACCAAUCCACCGUUGAUGGAAAAAAGAUCGUUGAUGUGCUCGUUGAGCAAGGCAUCGUCCCUGGGAUUAAAGUCGACAAGGGUUUGGUGCCCCUAACGGGUUCCAACGAUGAGUCAUGGUGCCAAGGUCUUGACGGUCUUGCCUCUCGCACAGCUGCCUACUACCAGCAGGGAGCUCGUUUCGCCAAAUGGCGUACCGUUGUGAGCAUCCCCAAUGGCCCAUCAGCUCUUGCAGUAAAGGAAGCAGCAUGGGGUCUUGCCCGCUACGCUUCCAUUGCUCAAGACAGCGGGUUGGUCCCAAUUGUCGAGCCAGAGAUCUUGCUUGAUGGUGAACACACCAUUGAAAGGACUUUCGAAGUGGCCUUGAAGGUCUGGGCCGAGGUUUUCUUCUACCUAGCUGAGAACAACGUCUUGUUCGAGGGUAUCCUCCUCAAGCCAAGCAUGGUUACUCCUGGUGCUGAGGCCAAGGAAAGAGCCACCCCUCAACAGGUUGCUGACUACACCCUCAAGCUCCUCCACAGGAGAAUCCCCCCAGCUGUCCCCGGAAUCAUGUUUUUGUCUGGUGGACAAUCUGAAGUUGAGGCAACCCUGAACUUGAAUGCGAUGAACCAAUCACCAAACCCAUGGCACGUGUCCUUCUCCUACGCCAGAGCUCUCCAAAAUACCUGCCUGAAGACAUGGGGAGGCAGACCGGAGAACGUGAAGGCAGCUCAGGAUGCUCUGCUCAUCCGUGCCAAGGCCAACUCACUUGCACAGCUGGGCAAGUACACCGGAGAGGGAGAGUCAGAGGAGGCAAAGAAGGAAUUGUUUGUCAAGGGCUAUGUGUACUAAGUAAUUUGUACCGACGCUGUAGAUGAUGAAGAACAAAGGGAAGAUGAUGAUGUUGAUGUUAAUGGAGGAACCAGACAUGCAUCUCUAAUGUGUGUAAUGCUUUAUAGCCAUGAAAGACUAUUUUUGUUGAACAUUUUAUGCACCUUUUAGCAAGUUAAUAAACUUCUUGGUGAUGAGAGAGUUAGCCGGUAGUUA